UACACRGCUUGUCUGUAGCACUAGUUGAAUCUUUUUCACCUUCAGGUUGGUCAGAAACCUCCUUUGAACUUUCACCUUUCUCUGACUUCUCUUCGUCCGCCAUAUUGUUUACUUUCUAGUACCCAGAGCUCCUCGAUUCUAUCUCGUGCAUGCGCAUAUGCGAAAUCAUGCUGGUCAGGAACGCCUGGCGAAUAUUGACUUCUGUGUUUCCAGGUUUUUCACAUGCAAUGAAGAAGAAAUGUUAAAAUUCUUCUUUCUUGUAAACAAACAAGGUCAGACAAGGCUUUCACAGUAUUAUGAAUAUACAGAGCUAGAGGAAAGAGUAGCUUUGGAGGCAGAAAUCAUUCGGAAAUGCUUGGCAAGAAGCGAAAACCAAUGUUCAUUCAUGGAAUACAAAAACUUUAAGGUUGUCUACAGACGAUAUGCUGCGUUAUAUUUUAUUGUAGGAAUUGAUUCGAACGAGAAUGAGCUUGGUGUCCUGGAGUUUGUUCAUAAUUUUGUCGAAAUUCUUGACAAAUACUUUGAUAGUGUAUGUGAACUUGAUAUUAUGUUUAACUUGGACAAAGUUCACAUGAUUUUAGAAGAGAUGAURAUGAAUGGACAUAUUGUAGAAGGAAACAAAACCCGUGUCCUGGCUCCACUUCUUGAACUAGAAAAAGUACCAAAAUAAUGACAAGUAUGUGUCUUGCGAAAACAAGCAUUUACGAGAGCCUCCAAUGGAGAGGGGAAAGGAUCCAGGCGCAUAAAAAAGGAAGAGAAUGGACUGGGUUAAAAUCUGGGUCACAGCAUCACAGUUUCAUGUUUGAGAUGUCUCCUUGUUUUUGUCAAAGAUCAUUUUCAUUAUAUUACGUUACAAAUACACGUAAAUUAUUGUCAUUGAUGCAAAAGGAUAUUAAAGCAAAUACAUUUUAGUAUCUCU